AUGAAGGAAAAGUGGAUCGAAUGGCUACAGCAGUUACCGAUGGUGGAAGAAGUUCACAUUCCACGACUAUAUUCGAAUCGAAUGUCACCGCAUCCAGCGAAAUCAAUUCAACUUCAUAUGUUCGUAGACGCUGGCAUCGAAGCUUAUGCAGCUGUAGCGUACUUUCGUGUGGAAGACGAUUACGGUAUCGACACUUGUAUUGUUGGAGCAAAAUCCAGAUUGGAAUUGCAAGGUGCUGUGUUGGGCACGCAUUUAGCAGUAAACAUCAUACAAAGUCAUUACGGUCUAACUAUCAACAAAACGGUCAUUUGGUGUGACUCUCAAACGGUCUUAUCCUGGUUACACACGGACACGCGAAAAUACAGUCAAUUUGUCGUAUUCCGAGUGGCGGAAAUUUUGGAACUGUCUGGCGAUAUGGAAUGGCGUUGGAUACCAUCAUUGGAAAAUGUCGCAGAUGAAGCGACGAAAUCGAAGGACAAGGCAGAUUUACAAUCAUCGGCACGUUGGUUCAAUGGACCAGAAUUCCUUCGCAAUCCGGAUUCUGCCUGGCAAUUUGAGUUGGAAGAACCCAAAUUCGAAACGAAAGAAGAACUGAGGCCAGUGUAUACGAUGUCACAUUUAGUUGUUCCAGUCAAUCAGUUCAUUGACUUCAAGAGAUUUUCCAAUUGGUCACGUUUGGUUCGGGCAGUUGCAUACGUUUUGCGAUUCGUACACAAUACGAAGUCAAUGGCUGAACAACGUUAUUUUGGUCCAUUAUCCUCCGAAGAGCUCACUCUUGCCGAAUCACUUAUAUAUCGACAAGUUCAGUACGACAGUUUCCAAGAUGAAUUGGUGAUCAUACGACACAACGCAACAGCACCAAUCGACAAACAGAAAGAAUUCGAGAAAAGCAGUGUAAUUCGUACAUGUUCGGCAUAUUUGGAUGAAAAUAGUGUCAUGCGGGUUAUGGGACGUAUCGAUGCUUGUCAAUCAGUGUCGGUUUCAAUGAAACGGCCAAUAAUUCUGGACAAAAGUCAUCACGUUACGCGUCUCAUUGUACAUUUCUACCAAAAGCAGUACAAACAUAUGAACCAUCAGACAGUGCUGAACGAAAUGAAACAGAAGUAUUGGAUUCCAAGCCUACGAUCGCUCGUCAAAAACGUACGCACUGACUGCCAGAAAUGUAAAAACUCAGCUGCACUUCCACAAAUUCCGGAAAUGGCACCAUUACCACCGGAACGGUUGGCCAUUUAUACACCAGCCUUUACGUAUGUGGGAGUUGACUAUUUCGGUCCAAUAGAGGUGGUUGUUGGCAGAAGUACACAAAAGAGAUGGGGAGUACUCUUCACCUGUUUGACAUCAAGAGCAAUCCAUUUGGAAGUUGCGCAUUCGUUGGAUACGAGUUCUUGCAUUAUGGCAGUUCAAAAUUUCAUCGCACAUAGAGGCCAGCCCAGAAAAAUAUUCUCCGACAAUGGAACUAACUUUCAUGGUGCGGAUAAUGAGUUACGUGAAGAGUUCAAAAAACUGGACCAAAAUCGAAUUCAAGAAGAAUUCACUACAACCGAAAUGUCUUGGACAUUCAUUCCACCGAAAGCGAGUCAUAUGGGCGGUGCAUGGGAACGAAUGAUUGGAAUUGUGAAGAGGUGCAUGGAUGAUGUCAUCUCCAUACGACUUCCGACAGAUGAAGUACUCAACAAUCUGAUGAAGUUGACGAUGAACAUUGUCAAUUCGAGACCACUUACGUACGUUUCGCUGGAUUCACCUACCGACGAAGUUCUCACGCCGAAUCACCUGCUUUUCGGUUCGUCAAACGGUAUGAAACCACCUGGAGAUUUUACGAAUGCAGACGCACUUAAAAACUCAUGGAAAACCGCUCAAGUUAUGGCGGAUAAAUUCUGGCGAGCAUUUGUGCUGCAAUACCUGCCGACACUGGUCAAACGUCCAAAAUGGUUCCAAAAAGUCAGACCGUUACAAAUUGACGACAUUGUUCUGAUCGUGGACGAAAAUUUCAAGCGGAACACUUGGCCGAAAGGAAUAAUCGUCGAAGUAUUCAGAGACAAAGCCGGAACAGUUCGAAGUGGAAAAUCCCAAAUACUUGAAUUUGUUGACUCGUUUAAUCGAACUGCCAUCGAUGACAAUGUCCAUGUUUUCAAUGUGCCUGGCACGACCAAACAACAUAAAACAAGUCUUCCCAACGUUGAGGGAAAGUACAUUCACAUUCAGCCAGUCGUGCAACAGGUCGAUGUCAUGCUGUAUUGCAAAUCGAAGUUGUUCCUCUGUGUCAACCGCAUACAGUAUGGCAGCAUCGGCAGCAUACAAAACCAAUUGACCAAUGAAAUCGAUGCUAAAACACAAUUUGUGUUUACAUACCUAGCAUACCUUGUUGUCGAGGAAUAA